AUGAAUGAAUCAAAAGAUUAUAAUAACAAGAAUGAUGAAAUUAUUAUUGAAGAGAUUGAGAUUAAGAAUAAUGAAGGUGGUCAAGAGAUUGAGAAUAAUGAAGAUGAUCAAGAGAUUGAGAAUAAUGAAGAUGAUCAAGAGAUUGAGAAUAAUGAAGAUGGUCAAGAUGAGGAGGGAUAA